GAGAUACGAGCGUCCGAGUGACAGGACCACGGGAGACCACGAGACCCGUGCGAGACCACGAGGCCGGCUCACCUUGCGAAAACGAAUUUUAACGCCGACGUGUCCGGGUAGUUUUCGUGCCGUUUUCACCCUCCAUAACCGAGGCAUCCCGCAGCCGGACCCUCCAGGAACUGACUUCGUCUCCCUUCACUGCCGGAGACCAAUGACUGCCCAUCCAGAGAUCACGGGAUACACAUGUUCAUUAUAAGGUUACCACAGCUUGCCGUCUUAGCGAAGAUUUUGUGCCUCCUGAUGGUGGUGAUGUGCGGAGCGGUGCCGGCGAUGGUGCGCUCCGUGAGUCUCUACUCGACCUGCAGCAGCGGAAAUGUCACUGUCCAAGACCGCUCCGUGAUGGCAGUAGGACGAACCGAAAAAAAUUCAGCUUACCAAAAGCUAACGACAAAGUCCGACGACUUCAGCGGGAAGCUGUACAUCUUUGCAGAGGAAAGCGAGCGAUAUAUAUGUUUCAACAAACGAUGGAAGCUAGUAGGCUUGCCAAGAAAACGAAAAGGACCGAUGUGCCAGUUCUACGAGGAGGACAACGGUUCGUACCUGAGGUACAGAAGCGCGGUGGACAAGACUCACUACCUGGGCUUCAACAAGCGGGGAAUGCCGCUGAAGGACGCCCAGGGACGGGACCAGUGUUUAAAUUUCAUAAAGUACAACCCGCUCUUCAACAUCAAUCAGCACAACAUAAUGGUCGGCGGUAAUUUUGGCGGCGAGUUGAGGAAACCGGUGAUGCACAAGACGCCAAAAAAGUACCAGUCGGGCCACCACCAUCAUCGGCACAAUCGUGGCAAAAUGCACGAGCAGCCGAUACUUCGGAGACGACUCGCGGGCAGAAUUCGCGAGGCCAAGAAGUACUGAGCUACCCGAAGACUGUCGCCCGACUCCUGCCGUUUUUACUUUUAUUUCAACGGAGGUUUUCGAGCCAUAGAGACACUUUACGUCGUACGCGUGGGGGGGGCAAAAAUUCUCCCGCCCCUCCUCUCACCCUACCCCCCCUCGUGUGCCCCCUUAAAAAAUGCCGCGUCGUGCUAUAAUGUCGUGUCGCUGCCAAGUAAGUAAAAAAGUUGUAGUAGCUGUGUUCAGCGCGUGCGCGCUCUACAGAUCAGACGACUGACUGAUAUAUUUAUAUAUACAUACAUA